UACAGCAGUGCAAAUAGUUUGAUCGAUUUUGCUUCUUGUGGUGAUAUUCUUGGUACUAAUGAACUAUCAUUUCCGGCUCCUUGGAUAGGACCCUUGAAAAACGCAAUUGAUUGGGCAUCUCGGCCUCCAAAUGUUUGGGCUGAUAAAGCAGCAGCAAUAGUGAGUGCUGGAGGUGGCUUUGGUGGAGGACGAUCACAGUAUCACCUUCGACAGAUAGGAGUCUACCUUGAUCUUCAUUUCAUUAACAAACCUGAAUUUUUCCUGAACGCGUUCCAGCCACCAUCUAAGUUUGACAGUGAUGGUGUGCUGACAGAUGAAGAAACCAAGCAGAAACUUAGAGCAGUUCUGUUAUCUUUACAGGCAUUUACCUUGAGACUCAAAGGCAAGUGUGAAUAGCUUCUACCGGCGAAUGUGAUCCAUUUAUUCAUCCAAUAUGGGAUGGUGAAAAUUAUCCCCAGUCAAUGUUUCCCGCUCUGAGGGGAGAAAUUUUUUCUUGUACUCGGUGAUUUGAAACAUCUUUUCAGUUGAUUGGUUGUGUGUUAGCACUUAGCAUGGAUGAAAUCAUAUGGAAGUUUCAUGGAGAUUGAUGAAUAAUGGCUGGAUAAAUAAAAUUUAUGUCUACGAGUAUUGGCUGUUUUAAGUUA